UGGCCAGAUGAUGCUGUCCCUAAACUUGAGGAAAGUCUGAAUCUGGAAGAAAGAGGAAGAUGGGUCAUACUUGGGGUCUGUGCCUGAGAGGAGCUCAGCUUGGGGAGGCUGUGGAGGCUGUGCAGAAACCGGAGAGGUCCCCAAUGAUCUAAAUAUGAUCUGGGGGUGCUGCACAUCCGCGACUACGUAUUUUAUUUUUGUCUAUCACCUGUAACCCCAAACAUUCCCAGAACAGAAAACGGUUCCUACAACACUCAGGCUCAUUCAGUUCCAGCACAAGUCCUUACUGCAAAGCACAUGGACACAGAGCGCCCGUGGCCCUGCCCGGCUGCUCACGAGGGGCGGGAUGAACGGCGCCGGGAGGGAAAACACGGGGAAACCCCGCACGGCAAAGCCCGGGCUGCAUUUCAGUUUGGAAAUUGAUUAAAGAAUCUUCAUAGAAUUCAAUAUGGCAUCACAGCAGUCAUCUGCAUCAACAGAGGAGCAGGCUUCCUCUGAAAUAGAUGAUCUCCAUCUAACGCUGCAAGUCCAGCGAGAGUUUACACAGAAGAAAACCUUCACUAGUUGGAUAAAUUCAAUAUUGGCAAAGCAUACCCCUCCUUAUGUUGUCUCAGACCUAUACACAGACAUACAGCAAGGACAUUUGCUUCUGGAUCUGUUGGAAGUGCUUUCAGGUCAACAUCUGCCACGGGAAAAAGGAUUUAAUACCUUCCAAUGUAGAAGUAAUAUAGAAAAUGCUUUGACAUUUUUAAAGAGCAGAUCACUGAAGCUCAUAAAUAUUCAUGUAGCUGACAUUAUUGAAGGAAAACCUUCCAUUGUGCUUGGCCUAAUCUGGACCAUUAUAUUUCAUUUUCAUAUUGAAGAACUGGCCAGGACUCUUGCCUGUACCUACAAUCAGCCUUCACCUGAUUGUUCAAGUGCUGUUGACUCCUCUCCAAAGGCAAGCAGAUCAGCUAAAAAAAGUGCUAAAAUUAAGGAACGGUGGAAGAUGUCUGCUACAAAGGCUCUUUUGUUGUGGGCAAAAGAACAGUGUUCACUGCAUGGCUCUGUCAUCAGUGUCACUGAUUUCAAGUCCAGCUGGCGAAGUGGACUGGCUUUUUUAGCCAUCAUCCAAACCUUGAGGCCAGGUCUGGUUGAUCUAGAGAAGGCAAAAGCCAGAAGCAAUAAAGAAAACCUGAAAGAGGCUUUCAGAAUUGCAGAACUGGAGCUGAAUAUCCCACGGCUUCUGGAGCCUGAAGAUGUUGACAUUGUGAAUCCAGAUGAAAAAUCAAUCAUGACUUACGUGGCUCAGUUUUUGCAAUACUCCAAGAAUUUGCCUGAGUCUGAAGAAGACAUGCAGGAGAAAGUAAGAGAGGCCAUGGGCUGGUUGGCUGCACAGGAGAAGAAGUUAGCAAAUCUGUUGGUGGAAACAGAGAAUGAAACAUAUUACCAGAAGUACAAAGAAAUGAUGUCAUUUAUGGAGACAUUUAACCAAGAGAAAAUCCCCUUUCUGCCUGUGCUGUCAUCAAAAAGAGGUGAAGCUGAGCUGAGUGGAGACCAGCAGCAGAUGAGGGAAGAGUGGGAUAAAGUGAUCUCUCAGAUUAACGAGUGGAAAGCAAAGCUGGACCAGAUGUUGCCCUCCCCUCUGGGUAGCAUUGAGGCUUGGCUCCAGGAGGUGGAACAUCUGCAGGCAGAAGAUUUGCCUGAUCUGCAGGACCCGUUCAAAGCAAUGUCUGUCUUCAGAGAAAUAAUUGUAAUAUUUAAGGGCUUGAUGGAUUGUUUUGAUUCUCACUUGGACACCCUUCAGUCAUUUAAGAAUGAAGAUGAGAAGAAUAUGCCACUAGUCUUGCCUGAAAAAUUACAGGAAAUGAAAAGAAGAUUUAGCAAUAUUCGUUCCACAAACCCCAGCACUUUUCUUGAAUACCACUAUGGACUGUGCUCUGCCAUUGCCAAUGAGGUGAAGUUAAAGCUAAAUAUCUGGGACAUUAAAUAUGGAGCAAAAGAGUCUGUGGAAUCUCUGCUGGAAAAUUGGAAUAAUUUCAUUGAAGAAAAGGACCUUGAAACACAGCUAGACACUGCUACUCACAUCUGUGAAGACUUGAAAAACAUAAGUGGUCCUGAUUUGGCUGGAGAUCCCCAAGAAAUCAGCAAACUUUUGAAGACAGUGGAGUCAAAGAUUUCUUCUUGCAGAGAGUAUAUUUCCAAUGUAAAGAUCACCCUACAGAAAGUCCUGUCCUCGUGGAAUAAUUACACAGAAAAUAUCCACUUAUUAAAGACGUGGCUGGAAGAAAACAGAAAUGAGGAUCCAAAAGAGAUCCCUGCUGAGAUCCUGGCAAAGAGGAAUUCCAUUCACGGUUCCUUAAAUGAAGCUGGAAAUCAUCUCAUUGAAGUCAGCAAAGAGCAAGUUGGAUCAAACAUUGCCAAAGAGCUGAAGAAACUGAACAGGAGAUGGGCAAAAUUCAUCAAGAGGACACACUUUCUUGGAGAAGAGAGCACAAAUUCUGCUGAAAAGCCCACGGAGCUUCCAGAGAGCCUGGAGAAAAUUGAAGAGCUGCUUGGAGGGGUGGACAGCUGGGCAGCAGAGAUGGGACAUCUGCUUAGCAAGAUCAGUCAUGAGGAGCCUGUGGAACCUGAGAUGGAGGAACAUUUGCAGAGUUUGGCUGCAAGAGGAUCCUCGUGCCAAGACCAAGUUGUGGCAGCAGAAGAGAUAUUGCAAUCCCUGAUGCAGAAUGUUUCAAGUCAGGAGUUUCAGCAGCAUUCUCACACCACUGGGCUGGAGGCACGAAUUAAAGAAGCCAGAGACAAAGUAGAGGCUCUCAUGGGUGACCUGAACAACAUCUUGUCCACGUCUGAGAAAAGACCCUCAGAGAAGGAGGCUUUGCUCAAUUUUGAAGAAUCCCAGAAAGAACUUGAGGCUUCUAUCUCGAAAGCUGUGCAACUUGUCAGUCAAAAAUUAGGUCCUGAAGAAUGUAUUUCAAGAUACGAGGAAGCUUUUAAUGUGCUGGACAAUAAAGUUCUUGACAAAUUUUUGAAAGCAGCUGAACAACUGAAAAAUAUUUCAUGUCAUCAUGAGAAGCUGGUGGUGGAAGAUGAUGUUCGUAGGAGAUGGGAGGCAGUUCAUCAGGAAAUUGUGUCCUAUGUCCAGCUCAUAGUAGAAAAGGAAAAAAAGAAAUUUAAUGCAACUUUAAAAAAAAUCAAUAAGCAGUUAGGCAAAGAGAAGAAACUCCUAAAUAUGGAUAAAACCAAAGGGCUCAUGAAGGAGCAUGAGGCCUUUUUUUCACAUGAAGGCAGCAUGAAGGAACUUAACAAGACUUUGGAAGACCUUAAAACAUUGGCAAGACUUUCAGAAGAAACUGUCCCAGGGAUACAAGCACUCACUGCAGACUGUGAAAAAAGACUAGAAAAGGUUCAGCAAAUGGUGGCAGACACUUACACAGCACUGCUGGCUCGUGUUGGAAAAGGACAGUCCCCUCAGAAAGGGAACUCCAUUAUGGCUUCUGAGAAUGGAGAAGAGUCUGGUUCUUCUCAACAACUUGACAGCCUUAUGGUACAGGAGACCUCAAGACCUGCUGCAGAUACAGUUUUGGAACCAGAUGUGAAACAUCACAAUGGAGAAAGCUGUGCAGACAAGUUUGAGGAAGACAGUGAUUCAUCCAUACCAACUUUGUUAGAGAGGUUUAAUAGACAAAGAAGUAACCUGGAGGAACUUCUAAGACUCAGCAGAGACAAAGUAGCAUCUGGCUUUACUGAUGAAAUAAAAGGCAUUUCAUGCCUUCUGACUAAGCUGCUUGAACUAGAGGGAAUAAUCGACAAUGAAAUCAGUUCUAGUUGGAGACAACUGGAAAACAUCUCAUCUACCUUAGAAAAUCUUGUGGCUGAAGUGCAGCAGGCUGCUCUCUCUGAGGCAAGAAACAAGCUGCAAGGCGAGUGGAAAGAACUGCAGGAUGUUAUAAGUACCAGAGCAAACUCUUUAAGGACUGUUGUGGAAAUUGUUCGGCCGAUAGAAAAUCAAUGCACCAUUCUCUGUGAAUUAUUAAAUCAGUGGCUGAAGAAAAAGUACAUCCAUCAGUUUAAUCUGAAGGACAGUGAUCUUGCUUAUAGUGAGCUGGAGGAACUGGAGAGAUCCAUAUUAGAACAGAUUGAAGUGUGCAAACAAUUAAAACAAGACCUAGACAGUUCACCAAGGCAUGAAUGCAAUCCAAUAGACCUGCAAGCUGCAAGCAAAAUUAUGAUUUACUGUCAAAACCAGCUUGAAGAAAUGAGCCAUAAAUUAGAGAUCCGUAACACAGUCCUUAAAGAUGUGGAAGCUUUUAUGGCCUCCCUGAGGAAGAUCCAGUCUUCCAUCAAAUGUCCCCCAGAUCAACCUGAAAUACAGGGGAAAGCUUUGAGAGAGGCUGCACAAGAAGUUUCUCAUCUGGCAGAAGAGGCUAAACGUUUGGAUGAACGCCUGAAAACUGUUAAUAUCUGUUUGGAAGAUGCUGAAUGUGGGAGAAAAUCUUGCUGUAAAAACCUUGUUCUGACUUUAGAUAAAGAGCUAAAUGAAAUUUAUGAUCCCUCAAGUGAGCAAGUGCUUACAGAAGAAAAAGAUUUAUACAAGACAUUUUCCAGAAAAAACAGUGAACUCCUUAAAAACAUUCAGGAUUUACGUGACAGAAUUAACAAAAUAGGCUUGAAGGAUCCAACAAUUCCAGCUAUUCAAAAAAGGAUAAAAUCAUUAACAGAAUUGGAAAAGGAAUUGGAUCGUGCUACUGCUGAAAUGAAACCUAUGCAAGAAAUUGCUAAUAAGCUCCCACAGAUCGAUGAGGAGAAAGCAGAGGAAGCAAAUGAGCAGUGCAGAGUUACAGAGAGGUUAUGGGAGGAUACAAAGUUCUUGCUUGCUGAAUGCCAGGAGCAGUGUGCAAGGGUUCUGGAGCUCCUGAAGCAGUAUCAAAGCUGCAAAACGAGUCUGACCAGCAUCAUCCAGAAACAGGAGAUUGUGCUUUCCCAGCAAACUUCUUACAUGGGGAAGGAGAAUUUGAACAGACUAAUAGCAAAGAUUGAAGAGGCAAAAGAGGAAUUUAAUGAUCACUCUGAAGAUGUAGACAAAAUAAAUCAGAUCUGCAAAAACCUGCAAUUCCAGCUGAAUAAAAUGAGAAGCUUUGAGGAGCCUCCGUUUGAGAAUGAGGCUAACAUUAUUGUGGACAGAUGGCUGGAUAUCAAUGAAAAGACUGAAAACUACUGUGAUAAUUUGGGGAGGGCUCAGGCUUUGUGGGACAAACUCCUGAGCUUAUCUGGCACAAUCGACGCUUGGGCAAACGCAGAGCUCAAGAAUGCAGAAGGUCGUUGCCUGACUGAGGAGGACCUCACUCAGUUGAAGGCAUGUUUACGUGUUCAAGAGCAGAAACUCCAAAAAUUCGACAACACGGUGGCUGAGAUAGAAGAACUUCUGAAUAGUAAUGAACCUCCACUGGAGCUCCAGGUCAUCAGAUCAUCUAUUUUGCAAAAAAUGGAGCUAAUAAAAGAGCUGUUGUCAGCCAAGCGAGGGACCAGUGAACUCACCGUGAAUACAGCAGAGCUGAAAGGAGACCUUGAUCUGGCCAAGACCCAGAUUGGAAUGACUGAAUCACUUCUCAAAGCUUUAUCUCCUUCAGACACCUUAGAGAUCUUUACUAAACUCGAGGAGAUACACCAGAAAAUUCUGCAACAAGAGCACCUUGUGGCAUUACUCCAGGAAGAGACAGAUUGUCCUGAUGUGGCUGACUUAAAUAAGCAGCUUAAAUGUGUCACUGAUUUAUUUAAUAGCAAGAAACAUGUGCUGCAAGAUCACUUUAUGGGUGUUCUGGAUCGUCACUGCAAGAAUUUUAAUGACUGGUUCAGCAGCACUCAGCUGUCUCUAAAGGAGUGCUUUGAGCCCUCAGAAGCAAAACCCAUACUGGAAGAAAGACUAGAGAGGCUAAAGCACUUCCUAACAUCUGAAGGCAGAGAUAGAGACAUCCAAGAGGUUAAAGCUUUGUUGAAUAAAGUGAAGCCUUACUUGCCCAAAGCAAGCAUUAACCACCUCAACAGUCGUGUGAGAGAUCAAGAGGCAGAACUGCAGAGGUUGAUCUCCAAAUGUCAGAAAAGAGAAAAGGAGCUUGGUGCCUCUCUCCAGCAGCUCAGUAGCCUUGAAGAAAGCAGCAUGGCCUUGGAAGGAUGGCUCUCUGCUCAGGAGGAAAAAGUAAAAGAGAUCAGUAAAGAUGAUACAGAGCUCAAAAAUAUCUACAAAACACUAUUAAUGCAGAGGAAACCAUUUGACUCCCUGGCUCAGCUAUCAAAUUCCUUGAGGGAGGCUGGGCUGACAGAAUAUGAAACCCUUUCAGAAGCCAGUAAUCUUCUUAGCAGGUACCAUGCCCUGAUAACACGUGUCAGUGAAAUGGCAGGGAGUACUGACAGACUUCCAGUGGAAGGACAGAAUUUUGAAGGCCUUGCCCAGGAUGUUUCUUGCUGCAUCAAAAAGCUUGAGGAGGCUCUUCAUAAAAUGAGUUCACAAGAAAGUGAAUUGCCAUCAGACAAAAGGAUUAAUCAGAUAAAGGAAAUCACAACUCUCAGAGAUGAAGGUGAGGCCAAAAUGCAGAGUAUGGUGGCUCUAGGAGAAACUCUAUUGAGAAAUGAGAAAAAUAAGCCAGAGGUUCAACAGACUAUUUCUGAGCUCCAGAAAAAGUGGGAAAACAUCUGUCAGCUGGCUACUGAAUAUAGCAGCCCUCAAGAAGAACUUCAGUGCAACAGGGAGCAAUAUGAGCAAAGCAAAGAAGAUCUGAAACAGGCUCUAAUGGAACUGGAGAAACAGCAACAAGAGAUUUUUGCCCUUCAGCCUGGUUUGGAGGAGAGGCAAGCUCAGCUGGCAAACUAUGCUGACCUCCUGCAGAAAACAGAAGCCUUGACUUCCCAGUUUAGCAAAUUGAAAAGCCAGGAAGAGCAUCUACAGGGCCACACUGUUGAUCCCUGCUUCACAGAGGCAGAAUGGUCAGAAUUAAAGCACCAGCAUGAAAACCUGCUCAGCCAGCUCCAGACAUUGGAAAGCCCUGUUCAAGAGCACCAGCAGGUUCAGGAUGUGGUGACAGGCCUGGGCACUGAGCUGCAAACUGUCUCUGAGAAGCUUGCUGAAUGUGAUGGUCCAGCAAUGGAACAACCACCAGCUGAGCAAAAUCAGUUGAAAUCAGAGGAACAACAGGGACCUCUUAGCCGAUGUGAAGACACCGUAAAGAAAAGUUUGGUUUUAGCAGAAACUGUUAAACAAAACACUUCUUCACCAGAGCAGUUUAUUAAGGAUGAGAUUGAAACACUUCAGAGUGAACACAAAAAUCUGGAAGAAAAACUUGAAAAUGUCAAGCAAAAGAAGGAAAACAUUUUCAGUGAAGCUCUUGAGUUAAAAGAUGAGUUUGGUAAUGAAAUACAGAAGGAAGAUAAGGCAGAUACAAUGCUGAAGAGAGAGGCACAGAUCACUUGUGAUACUCAAAUCUCUGCAGAGGAGACCCCCACAGCAGUGGAGGUGAAUGAGGCUUUGGAAAUGAGUGAGGGUCAAGAUGUAAAUGGAAAUAUGUCUGAGAAAGAGAGGCACAAUGCUCCAGUUUUGGAGGAAAGCAGUGUGCUGUCAGACAGCCCAUUACAGGAUAUCCAUCACAGCAAGGACAGAUUGGGGCAGGCUGUUCAGGAGGAGGCUGAUAAGGAGAACCCAGAUAUGGACAGAGCUGACAAAUUCCAGGAGGAUAUUCUGGACAGUGCAGUUCUGGGUGGUGGAGCAGAACUGGAAAGACAUCAGGAUGGUGUUGGUAUUGAAGGUGAUGAGUCUAGUGAAAAAACCCAUCCAGCACAGAAGGUGGAACCUAGUGAUGUUGAGAAUCAAUCAUAUGGAGAAGAUGGGGAGCAGGUUCAACAGAAGCUGUGCCAGAAAGGUCAAGUCCUGGAAUCUGUAGCAGCUGAGAAAGAUGAUUUGGGAUUGAAUCCCCCAGUUCCUGCCCAUGAGGACACAGGCACAGAAGUGGUUGUCCAGAAGGAACUAAUUCCCAGAGUGCAAGUAAACAGUGAAUAUUUUGAAGAGGAACAAAAGGUCAAUGAGCUGAAAAAUCAAGUGGCUGAGCUGGAUAUGGUACUUAUAAAUGAACAACUAAAAGAGCUGGAGAAUUUAAAAACUGAGCUGGAAACGUGGAAAGCAAAGUCUCUGUGCCAUAGUGAAGAAGCAAUUCCCAAUGGAACAGGAUCAAACAGAGCAGAGCUGCAAACCACACAUCCUGUGGUGCCCUGCUGGGACAGGCUGCUCCAGGAACUGGAAGCUGUUAAGGCAGUGAAGCAGCAACAGUGCUGUUUAAUUAAUGAAUACCAGAAAAGUCUUUCUGCUGCACAGUCCUCCAUGAAAAAUUUGUCAACAGAAAAAGAUAACAUAAAAAUGGGUCCUAUGAACAACACAGUUCUUCUGGAGAAAAUCAAGGCAUGCAUAGAGUCCUUAAGAAGAGAAAGAGAUGUCCUGAACCAGUUGCAAAGUCAGCAAGAAGUUUUAUCUCAGCAUUUGACAUGCAUGGAUAAGGUGUUGACAGAGAGCCAAAUGAGGCAGCUGGAGCACUGGUGGCAGCACAUGGAACAAGCAGUGCAAAAGAAACAUGAUCAGGUUGUGGCAGAAAUUGAUGAAUUUAACCUGCUUAUGAAUAAAGCUCGGGAUAUUCAGAGGCUGAUACAAGAACAGUAUUUGCAAGCAGAGUUACAUUCCUCAGCUGCAGGAAAAGCCAAAGACCCUCUAAUUUGGACCACAGAGCUACAGGACAUUAAACAUGGUCUUUCUCUAUUAAAAAGAAAGAUUGAGCUGCAGAUGAAAAGAAUUUGGAGCGAUCAAGAGAAAGUUACUUUGGAGAACUCCAUUCAUGAUUUGCAGGGCAAAUUGGAAGCAUUAUCAGCACAACAAACUCCUCCAGAGGAUAUUCAGACCACUGGUCCUGCUCUCAUGAAACAUGAAAUGAUGAAGAGGCUGAAAGAAAAUAUUUCCUGGGUGAAAGAUUCACUGUCCCACCUUGAUCAGAAAGCAGCACUUUUCCCCAGUGAUGUCAAAUCACAGAUCAGAAAUUGUCAGCUUAUGAACACAGACAUCCUAAACAGAGAGCCUGUGAUUGUAUCCCUGGAUUAUGGGCUCCAGCACAUCCUUCCCAGCUUGGAGCCAGAGGAGGUCUCUGAUAUCACCUUCCUUUUACAAACAUUGAAGAAUUCCUACAAGGCUCUUGUUUUAAAAUCUGCUCAGAGACUGCAGCACUUGGAGCUCCAGCUGGAGGAGAGGCAAAGGCUCACUGCAGAAAUAGACAAAGUUCACUCUCAGCUUCGCAAAGCCGAGCUGGUGGCCAGGCCUGACCCAAAGCAAAGCAGCACGUGCUCAGAGCUGGUCAGCCAACAAGCCAUCCUGAAGGAGAUGCUAAAGGACAUCCAGGAAAUAGAAGGGCUUAUCUCAUCCCACUGUAAAGAGAGUCAGGUCACAGCUGGGCAGCUGAGCCUGUCUGAACAACUGUUCUUGACUGAUCAGUUAAGAAGUCUGAUGAAUAGAGCAAGGAAGACACAGAGGCAAAUUCAAAGUAAACUUCAUGAAGUAGAACAAAAGGCAGCUGUCUCCAGAGAGUUUGCUGAAGGAAUAGCUUCAUUGCAGAAGGAUCUUGAUGACCUGCAGGAUGGUGAAAUGAACCUGAAAGGUGAUGAAUUAGCAGGUGACAAGCAGGGACUGAGGGACAGAUGCAAAGCACUGAAAGAAAAAGUGUUCGCUUUUCAGUCAAGUUUGUCACGAGUAAUGAAGUACAAGGAAAUAUUUGAAUGUGUAGGUCUGAAAUGGGACUCACAGCAGCUGGAUGAAUUGCAAACUAAAUUUUCUAAAAUUAAAAGUAAAAUUAAAGGGAAAAUAAUGCACUUGGAAAAUAUUGUUAGGGAAUGGGAUAAGAUUCAAGAAUUGCUAAAUGAAAUCCAGACUGUGACAUCCACUGUAAGAAAAGAAGCUAAUAUCCUAAAUGAUAGCUCCAGCUCUUCUCCUGCUGAGAAUGUCAUAUCUGCACAGAUUCUAUUGCAGGCAGUUCAACAAAUCUUGUACUUAACCCAGGAGGCAGCAAAUCAAAUAAACAAAAAUGAGGUCUUUGAUACAUCACUCAAAGAAUCUAAGAGGAAAGAAAUAAAGAGCCUGGAGAAAAAUGUGGAAGAAUUGAAGAAAUUUCUUCAAAACUUGAUCUCUGGGCUACAGAGUGUAAACAAGGAAGGUAGCCAGAAUGAAGUAGAAAAUAUAUUCCACAUCAUAAAGCAUAUUCAAUUAGAACUCCAGCAGCCACUUGUGAUAGACAUAAAUACGAUGCAGGAUGAAAAGCUGCGAUGGGAGGCAAUUCAGAACAUGAUGGAAGGAAAGUUUUCUGCUCUUAAAUGCAUAAUGGAUAAACAAGAAGAAAAAUCUGCUGCUGUAGAAAUAGAGACACUGCAAGGCCAUGAAGCACAACUGAAGGCAGACAUUGCUGCCCGUGUUAGUGCCCUGGAGGAGGCAUGUGAGGCUGGUGAGCUUUACACCAAAGCCCUUCAGAGGGCUGCCAGGCUCCUGGAGGACUGUGAAGCUCCAGCCCAGGCUGCAGCAGAGCUCUGUAGCUCAGUGGAGAUCUCUCAGACUCCACACUGGAAAGAGGAAGAGUUCAACUCUGCAAGGGCUGAGUUAGAAAACCUGCAUUCCAAGCUGAAAAACCUGGUGAAGCCAGAAGACAAAGUAUGUCUGGAAAAUGCUUUAAGAGAACUGGUGGAAAAGAGUUUGGCAUUAAGGAAGAAGGCUCAAAGAAAGGAAACUGAUGAACAGAGGUAUUUUGAAAAACACAAAAGCUACACAGAAACCAAAGAUAAAGUAUGUGAUAAUCUUAAGAAACUGGAAAAGAUGCUUAGACAGUCUUUGUCUAAGAUUCCAGUGUCUUACAAAGAAGCUUUGGAGCAUUUGGAAGAAAGCAAGAUUUUAGUCUCCAGCAUUGACUCUGCUGAAGAGGAUCUGGUGAAACUGAGGCAGAUCUCUGGAGAGAUGAUGAGAUUAUGCAGAGGAAGUGACAGGGCCCUGGGCAGGAUUGUAACAGUGCUGUGGGAAAACUGGCUGGGUCUGCUUGAGGCAGCCAAAGGGCUGGAAAUUACCUGUGAAGAACUAAAGCAGGAAUGGAAAUUCAUCAGUGAAGAGCUGGAACGAGAAACAAUAAUUCUCGAUAAGCUCCAGGAAGAGCAGCCAGAAAGCCUCAAAGAGAAGGAAAAGGCCACCAGGGAGGAACUAGUGGAGUUACUUGAUUUUGUGAGCUCAUUUGAAGAAAACAUCAACCAGCAGCAGCUCCUCUUACUCUUGCUUCUUCACCGGAUAAGAAGCAUCCUGAAUAGACCUGAAGAUGCUGAGGGAGAAGCUGCCCUUCCUGCCUUGUGUGAGAUAAGGGCAAUGCAAGAGCGCUGUAAAAAGUUGUACAAAAAAGCUCAAGACCAUAAAGAUUCUGUGAAAGCUGAGAUUCAAGAGAGGAACAAGGUCACUGAAGAAAUAAGUGCUGUGACAAAUGCAUUGCAGAAUGCUGCAUCUGUGUUACUGCAGGAUGCUGAUGGAAAGGCAGAACAGCUGGAGGAGCUUCAGAAUGUGAUUGCCAGAGAGAGUCAAGCUCUGGAGGAUAUAAUGGAGAAACUUAGGAUCAAGUAUUCUGAAAUGUAUACAAUAGUCCCUGCAGAGAUCGAAACACAGCUGGAGGACUGCAAGAAAGUAUUGCAAGACCUGGAAGAGAAGGUUAGCUCUGAAGUCUUGCAGAACUCUCCUCAGUAUGUGCUGAAAAGAAAAGCAGAAACUAUUAACAAUGGCCUUCAAGCUAUUGAAAAGAUGUUACAACAGAAGAGUGAAAACAUUGUAAAAGCCAAAGAAGUUCAGAAGCAAAUUUGGGAUAUGCUGGACCUUUGGCAUUACAAACUCAACGAGCUGGAUGCAGAGGUGCAGGAUAUAGUGGAGCAGAAUUCCUGCCAGGCCCAGGAGCUGAUGGACAUCCUGGAGGCUCCCCUGAGGCAGUACCAGCAGGUCUCACAGCGUGCUGAGCGCAGAACUGCCAUUCUCAACAAGGCCACCAGCAAGAUGGAAGAGUAUGAGGAGCACCUGAAGAAUGUGAAAGAUUGGAUAGAAAGCACCAACAGUUUGCUAAGAGCUGAUGCUCAGCAUGACUCUGCAAAAAGCUUACACAAGCAUACUGAUGAGCUCCAGAUGGCUUUGGAAGACUCAGAGCAAAAGCAAAAUCUUCUGCACGGGAUCUUGAGGGAGCUGGAGGAGCUGUCACCUGUCUUUGAAACUGCCAGUGUGAUGCAGCAGCUGAAUGAAAUAGAUGUUCAAGUAACAGCUUUACAGCACGAGAUAGCAGAGAUUCUACCACAAAUCCUGCAUGUGGCUGAUGAGUUGGAUGCCAUCGAGUCUCAUGUGAAAGUGUUUGAGAAGGAUGUUGCAGAAAUGAAGACAAUCCUGUCAUCAGAAGAUUUGUUGGAAUUUUCUCCUAAGGACCAACUUAAACAUGGACAGGUCAUACUUGAGCAUGUUGCUCCCAUGCAGAAAACUAUUGUUCGUAUCCAGUCCUAUGAAGAUGCUCUUCAGCUGCCAGGGCUGAAAAUGCAACCUUUCUCAGUCUUCCAAAGAGCAAGACAGCUCUUGAGAGAAUUGAAGAAAUUAGAAAAAAUUACUAAGGAGCAAAAUGAGCUACUGGAGGAAACUGUAAAGAAAACAGAAGAAUGUGAGCAAGAAAUUGAGAAGUUAAAACAACUGCUGAAGAAUAAUUUGGUUGAAAUAUCACAUGAAGAUCAACCACAGGCUCAGAAGACUCCUUGUCCAGAGGGAGAAAUGGAAGCUGUAAAAGAAGAGAUCAUAAAGCUGUGCCAGAGAAAGGAAGAUUUCCUUACCGGGAUGAAGAAUUCCAUGUCUGAGCUUCACCAGCGCCUGCAGCAAGAAGUGCCUGAAGCAGCAGAGGAACCUCCAGCCUCUGUCUUAGCACAGAGUGACCUGAUUGGAGCUGAUGUUUCUGGUCAGCAGUUGAAAAAAAGAGGAGUGGUAGCUCUUCUACCUUCCUUAGAUGAAGAAUCAGAAGACUGUUCUUUACACAGCAAGGGAAGUACAGCCACAGACAAAGAUGCAAGUUUCUGGCCUUCAGAAAGAGAUGAUGAGAAGCUCAAGGAAGACAGUGCAACCUCCUGGUCUUCUGGUACCUUGUCAGAUGGCAUUGUUCAGGAUGAGGAUGUUGUAACUGAAUCACACAGUAAAUGUGAUGAAGAAACAUCUCUGCAAACUCUGGAGGGCACUGAAGGUCCUGGCACAGGUGAUGGCAGUCUGGCUGUGAGCCACCAGCCGCCUCCAGCGCCCAGCACCGCCCUGGAUGGAGACAGACCUGAGCCAGAAUCCAUCCUCCUGCUCUGCCAGGCCCAGGUGGCUGAGCUGGAACAAUGGCUAGACAGAACUAAGAUGUCUCUGAGGUCAAACCCUCAGACCCCCCAAAGGCAGCAGAUGGUGGAGCCCCAGCUUGCUGACUGCCAGGUGAGGUUAUCAGAGAUUGAACAAAAGGUCCUUUCUUUGCUGGAAGAUUGUGGAGAUAGUGCAGACUACCAACAAAAGACAGAGGCUCUUUCCCUGAAGCUGAAGGAGGUGAAACAAAAUUUGGAAAAUGUCCAGAUGAUGCUUCAAGACAAGUACAGUGAAGAGCAGGUGCCCAGCAGGGAGAGGAUUGACCCAGAGCCCCUGGAGAUCCUGCACUCUGAUGGUUUCAGCACAUCCCAGCUGCCCCUUGCCCAGCAGCCUUGGCACAAUGGGCUCCAGCAGCCACAGGACCUUAAAUUAAAAGCAGCUGAGCAGAAAAGCCUCAUUGACUUUAUUGAGUCGUGCGUGGAAAAAAUGCAGCCACAGCUUGAGGACAGUGUGACUCCAAAAUCAGAAUCCAGCAAUGGAGAAUCUGACUCAAAGAGCAAGCAGGCUGAUGCCACCUUAGCUCCAAAGGAUCAAAUGGGCAAUAAAUGGCAGUAUUUACAACAGGAGCUGUCAUCAAAGAUGAAAUCUCCUCUCUGCCAGCUUGUGGAACCUCAGAUCACAACAAAGAUGAACGUGCUGCCUCGAGGCACAUUCUCAGGUGCAGGAACCCCAACUGUGGAAGAGCUGAAAACUUACACUGUCCAGCUGGGAGACCUAAGCCAGGAAGCAAAUGUGGUGCAUGCACAGGAUAAUGUGGCAGAGGAAGUCUCUUCCAAUUUGGACAGAAAACUGUUUGAGUUGCUUCUGGCAAUCAGCCGGUGUUUGAAUAACAUGGAGGAGAUGCUGAACACCUCCGUGCUCUCCACUGAAGAGGCAGCUGUGCAGCAGGCUCUCUAUGAGACUCUGUCUGUGGAGCUGCAAAAACUUCAUGCUGAUCUGAGUGAUAAAAAGGAUGAUCUUCUGAAGUCCAUCAGCUGUGCUGGUGGGAGCACAGAUGUGUUCUGCGAGUGCUUUAACAACUUGCAGGCGCGGCUGGAACAAACUCAAGCUGCCACUGCUUCAAGGAGCAGCUCCAUGAAAGCUGGGCUGGAUCAUAAUAGCAAUUACCUGAAUCAAACCAGGCUACUCUAUGAUCAGUUAACUGAGAAAAAAGCUGCUCUGCAACAAUGCUUGAAUGAACUACAUGGACAUAAUGUUUCUGAACAGCUUCAGAAAGUUGAUUCCUGUGCUGUGGAGCUGCAAAACUUUGAAAACCAAGCAGCAAAGCUGAGAGGCCAUGGAGAAAGAUUGCAGUUACCUAUCACCUUAAUCCAGGAAGCUUAUAAAUUAGAGGAUGUUCUGGAUGACAUGUGGGGAAUUCUGAAAGCCAAGUAUGUGGAGCUGAACUCCCCUUCCAUCACUGAAAGCCAGUACGAGGACUUGCUUCGUGGGUUUGCAGAGCUGGUAGCUAUUGGAAGAGAGAAGAUGGCACAAGAUUCAAAGCACCUGACAAAAAGCAGAGCAGCUCUGCAGUCUCACCUGAAAAAUCACAAGGAUUUUUUCCACAACCUCAUGACACGCAUGGCUUACAUGGAAGUGUUUUCCAAGAGAGUGAGUCCUUCUGUCCUGCAAAAGAGAGAGGAGUUCUGGAGAGAGCUGGUGAAUGAAGUCAAAUUGCUGGAACAGAAGGCCUGCCAGUAUGGUAUACACUUAGAGAGCCUGUUAAAGGAUUGGAUGGUAUUUGAUGAGGAAUGCCUAGUUUUCAAUAAGGAGUUAGAAGCACUUGCCUCCACGUUGCCUUCUGUCAGUUUGGUUGAAGAAACUGAAGAAAGAUUAAUGGAAAGGAUUGCACUUCUAGAGAAAAUCAAAAGCAGUGUUGAUGAAAAGCAUGCCAGGCUGUACCAGAUGGUGAAAGAAGGGAAGAAAUUGCUGACUGCUGUGAGCUGUCCAGAAAUAAGAAGCCAGAUUGGGAAGCUGGAAGAACAGUGGUUGUCUUUGACCAAAAAAGUUGGCCAUGAGCUGCACCGACUUCAGACAUUACUGAAACUCUUGGUCAGCUACAACAGAGACUCAGAGGAAUUGAUGAAGUGGUUGGAUUCUGCUCAGCAGAGAAUGAAUUUUUGGAAGGAGCAGUCUCUCAAUGUGUCACAAGAUCUUGCCACCAUCAGGGACAACAUCAGCAGCUUGUUUACAUUUUCUAAGGAAGUUGAUGAAAAAUCUUCCCUGAAGUCAUCAGUGGUGAGCACUGCCAGCCAGCUCCUCCACGUGAAGCAAGCUGACACUGCAGCACUUAGGUCAUCUUUGGCAAACUUUGAGCAAAAAUGGGGAGAACUGAUUACACAGCUCCCAGCCAUCCAAGAAAAGCUUCACCAGCUUCAGAUGGAAAAGCUUUCAUCACGGGAAGCUAUUGCUGAGCUAAUGGCCUGGCUGGACCAUGUGGAACAACAGCAGGAACGCGAGGAGCCAAUAAAUUCACAACGUGGUGCUGCCCAAGUCAAGACCCUCCUUCAGAAGAACAAGGAAUACAUGAUGGAAAUGAACUUUAAGCAGUGGAUGGUAGAUUUUGUUAACCAGUCCCUGCUGCAGAUGAGCACCUGUGACGUGGAGAGCAAGCGCUACGAGAGGACAGAGUUUGCUGAGUGCCUGGGCGAGAUGAACCUGCGGUGGCACCGCCUGCAGGCAUCCCUCAACAGAAAGAUACAAGACCUAGAACACAUUUUGGAGGAUAUUACUGAGAAUGAGAACAAAGCCCAGACUCUGCACAACUGGCUGGAAGCUCAGAGUGAUCGACUGAGAUCCUUACAGACCCCAGCAAGUCUGAUCUCUGCACAGAACACCUUAGAUGAUUGCAAGGAGUUAGAAAAUCAACUCGUGGCUAAAUCCAAAAUUCUUGAUGAGCUCAAACAGAGUUUGGCUUCAAAUGGCAGUUCAGAACAAACCCCAGAAGCUCAGUCUCUCAGGAUAGCUGAGCUGUGUGAAAUGAAGGACAGCAUUGUAAACCAGGUUGCACAGCUAAAGACCUCAAUGGAAUCAAUACUGGAGCAGUGGAAAGCAUAUGAUGAAAUUUAUGCACAAGUCAGCUUGAUGACAACAAGAUAUUUGUACUGCAUAGAUCAGUGCAAACCUUCUGGGGAAGAAGCUUCAUUGGAAGCUUUGAAAAAACAGGUCAAAACUCUCCAGGCUCUUCAAGAUGAAUCAGAGAACAAUGAAGAAAGUUGGGCCAAGUUCCAGGCUGCUGCCAGUAACCUGAAGAAGAACUGCUCCCCCUCCUUUGCAGAGAUUAUUGACCAGAAGUGCACAGAGGCACACACUAGGUGGAACUCAGUAAAUGAAGACAUCACAGAUCAGCUGCGGGCAGCACAGGCAGCUCUGCAGCUCUGGGAGCCCUUUGAUGCUCUGUGCACUGAGACAGCAGCCAAGUUACAGCAGUACAGCCAGCAGUGUGCUCAGCUCUUGGAUGCUCAUGUGCCUGAGGAGAACACAACAGAAACUCUGGAGCAGAGGAUACAGGAGAUGAAGAAUUUACAGCAUGGCCUUCAGAACAUCGCAGGCAGCCGAACCCAGAUUUAUUUGCAGGCUGACAGGAUAAAGCAGCAGGCUGGGACAGCUGCUGAGGCCAUUCUGAUGGAGAAGCUGCAGCCAUUCCAGAGAGCAACCUAUUUGGAAAAGAUGUUGCAGAGGAAGUUGGAUGAACUUCAGUUCAAUCUUUUACAACUGGAAGAUUUCAACAACUGCCUGGAAACGCUGGAGGGUCGUGUCAAGAAUUGCACAGACACCUUUGAUAGCCUCUGUCUAGAGGAAGGAGACAACUCAGAAUUGCUCCUGAAUCAGACACUGGAGCUUGCUGCACUUUCUCCAAGCAUAGAGAGUUUGAAUGAAGCAAGCAUAAAGCUGCCACUCAGUGACUUCACCAUGAAGAAAAUGCAGAGCCUGACUCGGCAGUGGAGUCAGAAAACAGCAGCUGCUCUGGAAUGUUGCAGUAUGCUUGAUGGAUCCCAAAAUGAUGAGAAGAAAUUCUUUCAGAAAUGUGAAAAGUGGAUGAAAUUCCUAGAAAAAAUGAAAGAAGCCUUAAAAACAGAUAUUCCAGGACGGUUUGAAGAACUGCAAGAGCAACAGAGAGUAUAUGAGAUGCUGCAGACUGAGAUUUCCAUAAAUCAGCAGACAUUUAAUUCUAUCAUAGAAAAAGUUCUAUUCUCCUUGGAAUCGGGAGAAGCAGAGAAAAGGACAGAGUUCAUUUCCAAGCUCACAUUGCUGAAAGAGCAGUGGCAGAAUGUUAUCCGGAUGGUUCAGCAGAGGAAGAAGGACAUCGAUGGACUCGUGAGCCAGUGGCAGCUCUUCAGGAGUUCCCUGCAGAGCCUCAGCAGAUUCCUUGAUGACACAAACAGCUUCCUUGCAGCUGUGAAGAGCCAGGACUGUUACAGCCUUUACCAGCUUAGAAAUGUAAUUCAUGAUUUCAAGAGUAAGGCGGUGAUCCUGCAGAGGUGGCAAGCCAUGUACACCUUGGUCAUCGAUGUUGGGGAGAAGUUGCGCAGUGUCUGCGAUCCCGACACCAGCUCUGCUCUCCAGGAGGAGCUCAGCCAGUUACAGCAGCGCUGGGGGCAGACCCAGGCCCUGCUGGAGAAGAAGAAGAUGCAGUUCAGUGGCACCCUACAGACUUGUGACCGCUUUGAAAAGCAAACCAAAGAACUGGAAAGCAGACUGCAAAAGCUAAAGGAGAAAGUAAAAGAUCCACUCCCUGUUGAACAUGAAGAGCUCCACAAAGCCAAGGAACAUAUUAAGGAGCUGGAGCAGUCGCUGGCAGACUGGGCCCACGACAUGAAGGAGCUGCAGGCCAUGAAGGCGGAGCUGGCACACCUCAUCCUCACCGAGGACAUGAUGGUGCUCAAGGAGCAAGUGGAGCAUUUGCACAGGCAGUGGGAAGAGCUCUGCUUACGGGUGUCCCUGCGGAAGCAGGAGAUCGAGGACAGGCUCAAUGCCUGGAUCGUGUUCAACGAGAAGAAUAAGGAGCUGUGCUCCUGGCUGGUACAGAUGGAAAGCAAAGUGUUGCAGACUGCAGAUGUUAGCAUUGAAGACAUGAUAGACAAAUUGCAGAAGGACUGCAUGGAAGAAAUAAACCUGUUCAGUGAAAAUAAGCUUCACUUGAAACAAAUGGGUGAUCAGCUAAUCAAGGCUAGCAACAAGAGCCGAGUUGCAGAAAUAGAUGAUAAACUCAACAAAAUCAAUGAUCGCUGGCAGCACCUCUUCGAUGUCAUUGGAGCACGGGUGAAGAAACUGAAGGAAACAUUUGCUUUUAUACAACUAUUGGACAAAAACAUGAGUAACCUUCGCACCUGGUUGGCCCGGAUUGAGUCUGAGCUUUCCAAGCCUGUUGUUUAUGACAUCUGUGAUGACCAAGAAAUCCAGAAGAGACUGGCAGAACAGCAGGACCUGCAGAGAGACAUAGAGCAGCACACGGCGGGUGUGGAGUCCGUGUUUAACAUCUGUGAAGUCCUGCUGCACGACUCAGAUGCGUGUGCUAACGAGACAGAGUGUGACUCCAUCCAGCAAACCACCAGGAGCUUGGACAGACGGUGGAGAAACAUCUGCGCCAUGUCCAUGGAAAGGCGAAUGAAAAUCGAGGAAACUUGGCGUCUGUGGCAGAGGUUUUUGGAUGACUAUUCUCGCUUUGAAGAUUGGCUAAAAGCAUCUGAAAAUAUAGCAGCUAGGCCUAAUUCUUCAGAGGUCUUGUACACACAUGCAAAAGAGGAGCUGAAGAAAUUUGAGGCGUUCCAGCGGCAGAUCCACGAGCGCCUGACGCAGCUGGAGCUGAUCAAUAAGCAGUACCGGCGCCUGGCCCGCGAGAACCGCACCGACUCGGCCAGCAAGCUCAAACAGAUGGUGCACGAGGGCAACCAGCGCUGGGAUAACCUCCAGAAACGAGUCGCUUCCAUUCUCAGGAGGCUCAAGCACUUCACCAAUCGCAGAGAUGAGUUUGAGGGGACGAGGGAAAGCAUCCUUGUCUGGCUCACAGAAAUGGACUUACAACUGACAAAUGUGGAGCACUUCUCAAAAAGUAACUUUGAUGACAAAAUGCGCCAGUUAAAUGGUUUCCAACAGGAAAUAACAUUAAACACCAACAAGAUUGAUCAGCUAAUUGUUUUUGGGGAGCAGUUGAUUCAGAAGAGUGAGCCUUUGGAUGCCAUCCUGAUUGAAGAUGAAUUGGAAGAACUUCAUCGAUACUGCCAGGAGGUGUUUGGGCGAGUUGCCCGCUUCCAUCAAAGACUGACUUCAAGGGAUCCUGGAUUGGAUGAUGAAAAAGAUAACUCUGAAAAUGAGACAGAUCAAGAAGACUCCAGAGAAAUCCAGAAUGAUCCCUGGCAUAAGAAAGCCAUCACUGAGGGGCCCUCAUCACCACAGUCCCUUUGCCACCUUAUGCCCCCGACUCAGGGCCAUGAGAGAUCAGGCUGUGAGACCCCUGUCAGCGUUGACUCCAUCCCACUUGAGUGGGAUCACACAGGUGACGUGGGAGGUUCUUCCUCUCAUGAAGAUGAUGAAGAAGCACAAUACUACAGUGCUCUGUCAGAUGUAGAAAUCACUGAAAACCCUGAGGCAUAUCUUAAAAUGACCACAAAAACUUUGAAAGCAUCUUCUGGAAAGUCUGUUUCAGAAGCUCAUCCUUGGCAUUCUCCAGGUAGCCCAGUCUGCAGGAAACACAGAUACAACCAGGCAGAGAUGGUUGGAAAUGUGUUAUCUGGACCAGAGACAAGUACUCCCUAUAAACCAGACUAUGUGAAGCAGCUCAGCUCUGCAAGCAGCAGCAGCAGCAAGGAGAAAAUUCCAUCUGCCAACAUGAGUGAUGAGGAGCCCCAAGAUGACCAAGAACUUGUGAAUAUAGCAGGAGCAGAGAAGCAAUCAGGCAUUAUUGAUAGGUGGGAGCUCAUCCAAGCUCAAGACCUCAGAAAUAAACUUAGAAUGAAACAGAAAUUGCAGCAGUGGCAGCAGCUGGACUCAGACCUCAGUGACAUCUCUGCUUGGCUUGAUAAAACUGAGCAAGAGCUGGAAGAGCUGCAAAAGGUGAAGCUUCCAACCAGCAUGCAGGCAUUGGAACAAAAGGUCAAGAAAUUGAAAGACAUGCUUAAAGCAUUUGACAACUACAAAGCAGUGUUACUUUCUGCUAACCUGAGCAGCAAAGAAUUCCAGAAAGCAGACAGCACAGAGUUCAAGGAGCUGCAGAACAGGCUUCGGAAGGUCAACUUGCACUGGGAGAAGGCAACUCGUGCCCUGGACAGCUGGAGGAAGGGCUUACAGCAAGCCUUACUGCACUGCCAGGAUUUCCAUGACCAGAGCCAAAAGCUUAUCCUGUGGUUAGCCAGUGCUGAAAGCCGAAGGAAUGAGGCACAAAUCACAGAUCCCAAUGCUGAUCUCAAUACAAUACUGGAAUGCCAGAAGGAGCUAAUGCAACUGGAGAAAGAGCUGCUGGAGCAACAGCUUAAUGUAAACUCCCUCCAAGAACUCACUGCUUACCUGUUGCUGAAACCAGAUGGUGACUACAUUGAAGAGGAAGAGAAGGUCCAUGUAAUUGGAACAAAACUGAAACAGCUGAUUGAACAAGUCUCUCAUGACUUGAAAACAAUACAAGGGAAUCUGGAUACCAAAACAUUCCUGCUAGUUCCAGAUGACUUGGACUCAGGAGCCUAUAAUCCAGAAGAAGAGAAACCCAGCCCUGCUGUGAAGAAGAUGGCCCUCAGGAGAACUGCAGAUGGCAGAAAUGGCAGCAGCACAAGGAGUGAAAGCCAUCCACAGCCUGUGCAGGCAAACCCUCAGUCUCCCUCUUUCUUCUACCGAGUGCUACGAGCAGCGUUACCUCUCCAGUUGUUCUUCCUGCUGCUUCUGCUCCUGGCUUGCAUGAUCCCCUCCUCUGAGGAAGACUACAGCUGCACCCAGGCCAACAACUUCGCCCGCUCCUUCUACCCCAUGCUGCGCUACACCAACGGGCCCCCCCCGACCUAGGACACCCUGCACUCACCCCAAAACACUCCUGGGUGCUGCUUUGUUCUCCCAUGCUGCUCUAGAAUCAGUCAGGCAGCGAGUUUCACAUCUCAAAAUGUAUAUCUUGACAAAAUUUCAGCAUUUUUGUACGGAAAACAAACUUUUUCUAUAGAUUUUUUUUUAAACUGUAAGCAACACACUUUAUACUUUGAUGCAAUAGAUACACUAUUUUAUAGGGGCAGUGCUCUUAAGCUUGCAAGGUGUUUGGAUACUGAGAUCUUAGAUGCAGAAAUGACAUCACAGUAAUCUUAAACAUAGCAAUCUGUCUUGGGUUAGCAUGACACAAGCAAGUGAAGAGGGACUUCAUUUAACAUGAUUUCUGCACACACUUCACGUUACUUGUAUCUUUUGGUACUGUAGUCACUUGGUGGAAGCAAAAAAAAAAAGCAUAUUUUUGAAUCUUUGUUACUGUAUUUUAUUCAUUAACACGUUCAGUAUCAUGAUGCACAUUUGUUUUGUUUGACAUAAAGUGUUCUAGUGGUUAGGACUGCUGUGUUGUCUUUUUAUACCACCUUUGAAAUAAGGAAUUGCUGCAUUGCAUGGAAAUGGUUUAUAAUGCACAUAUUUUCUAGAUGAACAUGAUUAUGUAGACUAUCCCUGAUGUAUACAAAUAGUGCAAUGACUUUUUUAAUGAAAGUUUUUUUUUUUCAGUUUUUAACCUGCUGAAUAGUGUACAGUACCUUGGGAGAGAAUUGUGCAUUUUUAUAAGCUUUGUUUUUAAAAUGAAACUGGCGUGGGGGCAGUGGCUGGAGAAACACUGUGUACAGUCAGCAUUGCCACUGCCCCUCGGUUGUACAGUUUGAGUACUGUCAUUAAAAUUUUGCCAAUGUC